AUGACUGAUACUGCCGUCGACGAACCCAUGCUCGCUGAGCCUACCGAGCACCACUUGUCGGCUUUCGGGCAGCUCGUCACUGGCCCUCCUGGAGCUGGCAAGUCAACCUACUGCCAUGGAAUGCACCAGUUUCUCACGGCACUGGGACGACCGGUCAGCAUCAUCAACCUCGAUCCAGCAGUCACCAACCCGCCAUACCCUUGCGCCAUCUCAAUAUGCGACCUCAUCACACUCGACUCUGUGAUGGAGGAGUUUGGCCUUGGGCCCAACGGCGCAAUGCUCUACUGCAUCGAGUACCUGGAGGCCAACUUUGACUGGCUGCUCGAGCAGCUCGACGCGUUACUGGAGACGCAGGGAGGGAACGGCUACAUUGUCAUCGACACGCCAGGCCAGGCCGAGCUGUGGACCAACCACAACAGCCUGCGGCAUAUCGUUGAACGGUUGACGAAACUCGACUACCGGCUCGCGGCGGUCCACCUUACCGAUGCCCAUGCCAUCACCGACGCGUCAAAGUAUAUUUCGGCGGUGCUGCUUGCGCUUCGUGCGAUGCUCCAGCUCGAGAUGCCCCAUAUCAACGUCCUGAGCAAAAUCGACAUGCUGAAUAGCUUUGAUAAUUUGCCGUUCAAUCUCGAUUACUACACCGAGGUGCAGGACUUGUCCUACCUCUUGCGCACGCUCGAGGACGAGCCGCGCGCCAAGCGGUUUGCCAAGCUCAACGCUGCAAUGGUCGAGUUGAUCGAGGACUUUAGUCUGGUCGGGUUCGAGACGUUGGCCGUGGAGGACAAGGACUCGAUGAUGCACCUCGUGCGCCUGAUUGACAAGGUCACGGGCUACGUGUUCAUGCCGGGAGAGGACAACUCGACGACGGCGGAGAAUGCGCACGCAUUGUUCUCGUCGGCGUCAGGGCUCAUCCCCGGCAAGUACCAGGAUAUCUCUGAUAUCCAGGAGCGAUGGGGCGACCGGCGCGAGGAGUUUGACGAGGCUCAGAUGAACGACUGGGAGCAGGAGUGGGCCCAUCGGCAUCGCCAGCAGGCUGUCAAGGCGGCGGUGGCGCAAGGUGGUGGUGGCAGUGGUGGUGACGCCAGCGGCGACGGCGACGGGCUCAAGGCAGACGACGUGGAGUAGCCCCUCCUACAGCAUUUCUUUCUCUCUCUCUAUCUCUCUACCACCACAUUUGUCGCGAUAAUUCAUGUUGUACGUUCUCGCCGGCCUUUGCAUGUGUCUCAUAGCAUUGAAUGCACAAUUCACAAACGCG